AAGACAUUAUUUACUCAAGUUAUUCACGUCAAACGCUUGUUUCUAAAUUGAAAAUACUUAUCAAAACGUUUUCUUGAAAUGCUGACGACUAGAUUGCUUAGCGAAGACGAAAAAUUCCCCAGCAAUAAACAAUAUGAAGGAAAAUUCUAUCAAAUCAAGAAACGCUUUCAAAUUAUAUCUCGUCUUCAAGUUAUCUGUAGUAGUAAAGAUUUCUGGAAGAAACUUUUAUUUCGAUAUUUGUAUUUAACUAGCCUGUAUUCCCUUGUUUGUGUUGUUUUCGCAGCUUACAUGUACAUAUUAUUCUACUUUACAAUAUUAGCUGAUUAUCCUAAACUUACAGGAUUACAGAAUCAACUGAAAAUGAAUCCAGGUCUGUCAAUGGUACCGAAUCCAAGUGUUCUAACAAGUCUGAUCAAUUUUCGUACUUCCAAUCCAGUGUCUUAUUCAUCUAUGAUGGAUGAAAUGACAGCAUUUCUAUCUUAUUAUCAAUAUAAUUUAGUCGGUGGAAUGUUUGCAUCAUGUGAAGAUAGUCCAACAUUGCUAAAUCUUCGUCGUCCGUGUCGAUUCAAUCUAGACGCGGCUGGUCCAUGUAAUAUCAAAAAUGGUUAUGGUUAUUAUGAAGGCAGACCAUGUUUCGCGAUUAAAUUGAAUCGAAUCUACGGUUGGUUACCGGAUCCACUGGUGAAUAAAACUGGUGUUCUGUUGAAAUGUGAAGGAUUAACUGAAACAGAUUCAGCCUAUUUAGGCAAAGUAUGCUAUUAUGACAGUGAAUCAUUGAAACGACAUCAUGCAUUGCAUACAAAUGAUGAUUGGUGUGAUAAAGAUUUCGGUAUCUAUGAUCCAAUGUUCUAUCCCUAUUUAAAUCAAGGUGGUUAUCAAUCACCAUUGGUAUUUGUACAUUUUUAUAAUCCAAAACGACACGUGAUUAUCUGGGUGAAAUGUUAUACACUAGCAAAAAAUAUUAAAGUUAAUACAAAUUUAAAUGAAGGUUCUAUUGUGUUUCAGCUACUUGUCGAUUGA